AUGGUCUCCAGGUUCCUGCUGCUCAUGGCUCUGAGCGUCUGUGUCUCUGGUUGGUUUCCACCUUCACUUUCUUCUCCACAAAGAGAAAAGAGGAGAUCCACUUUGAGACUGACUGAAACACUUGAACACUUCCAUUAGAAAAGAUGUUGAAAGACUCACAUGUUCCUGUGUUUUUCUGCUCCUCUCUUUCCCUCUCUGUCUCCUCUACAGGAACACUUGUAGUCAAAGUGGCUCAAAGAUCCUAUCAGGCAGAGGAGGACCAGGACCUCAUCUUGGAGUGGACCUUCAAACCCAAACCUGACAGCUCUCUGAAGACUCUGAACAUUUUCUGUGACAUGUUCAACAAUCAGAAGGACCCAGUCCUGUUCCAUCUCCAUGAAGGAGUGGAGGUCCCACAGAAGGAGGGAGACUUUGUAGGACGAGUCCAGUAUGACAAAGAGGUCCUCAAAGAGGGACAGAUCAGACUUCAUGUGUCCUCACUCAGGACUGAAGACUCAGGAUGGUAUCGGUGUGAAGUCCUCACUGAAUAUGGGAGCAGCUGGGACAGAUGUCAUCUCAGUGUGACUGGUGAGUUAAAAUCAGAAGUCUGAAUUUGGUCAAUAAGAGGUUGAAACAGUGAAAUAAGUUUCAUUGUUUUUCUAACAGAGAGGAAUCAAACUGUCAGUGAGCCUGAACCUGAGAGACCAGAAUCACAGAGUCCAGGAAGGAUCGGUUUCUACAUUGGACUGACAGCAGCAGCAGUUCUGAUCUUAGUUUUAAUGGUUACAAUUUUUCACAAGAAACAUUUAAUCCAGAGUCCAGAGGUCAUCAGAUGA